GUCAUAGUGUUUGAUAAAGUUACUCUUAUCGAUAAAAUGUUACUUUAUUGAACAACAUGAAUAUUCAUAACUGAAGACCCAAUCUCAUAUCAAAGUUCGCUCUUGGCUCGAAUCUUUCUCAGGUGACUAAUUUCUCGAAAUCGAAUCGUUUAGUUAGUUUAUCUUCCCGAUCAACGAGUUAGCCGCAUAUGGUACUGUACACAAUGUUUUAGAAAAAAAACAACCAGUUUAUGUGACAAAACUCACGUAUUAAAUUAUGGGGGACGAGAAAUUCCACCAAGCUGCUAGAGAUGGUUAUUUGGACUUACUUCGUAGUGCCACAAAAAGGGAAUUAAAUAGCACAGACGAAGAUGGAAUGACUGCCACAUUGUGGGCUGCAUAUUCUGGGAACUUGGACGCACUAAGACAAAUUAUUGGUAGAGGUGGUGACCAUAACAAGGCUGACUUAACAGGAUUUACUGCGCUACAUCAUGCUUGCAAAAAUAAUCAUGAAAAUAUUGUUCAUUACUUGGUAAAUUUUGGAUGUAAUAUUUGGGCUUUGGAUAACGAUUACCGCACAGCAUUAGACAUUGCAAAUCUUUAUGACAGACGUGAUAUUGCACAGUUUUUGGAUAGUACACAUUCAAAGCAGGAAUCGAAAAAUCCUAAAGUCGUUCAGGGCCUAAAGGAAAAGGCGACGCGCGAUGCGGAACACAAUGUGAAAAGGUACGAAAGAUUGCAAAAAGAGGUAGACCGAUAUGUGCGAAAACAGGAAAAACAUCGUGAGGAAAGGGAGAAUGACUUCAAAGCUCCAACGAAAGGAAAUAUCUUUAAAACACUGACUCUAAAACUUAAAGGAAGUCAACGCAUUGCCAAUAAUAAAAAGUUUCAACAACAUUCAUCAUCUUCCAACUUCUCCGAUUUGGCUAUCGGGACGAGUAAACGGGGUGUUGCGAAAAAAAUAGCGAUGAAACAAAUGAGUCAAGAAGGGAGCGGUUCUUAUGAUCCAAAAGAAGUAGGAACAAGCGGAAGGAGAACAUUAAGAUCAUUGGCACCUGGGUCAAUGUUAGUUCAAGCUGGAUCAGCAUCAGAUGUUAUGUAUUUGACGAAUCGGGAAGUUGAAACACAAGGGAUAAGACCAGCUUUGAACAAUGUUUUUACAGGAAUGCCAAGUUCGAAGAGUAAAUGGAAAAGUGAUUCUGAUUUACUUGACAGUGGAAUUGAUGAUGUUGACGAGGAAGAAGAAAAGCCAGGCAUAUUCAAUCGUCCAAUGUUGGGAAAAAUUUCAUUUUUAAAAAGUCAUACCGGAAUGUCUGGAACAUUUACAGGAAUGACAAAUGGUCAUAGGUCUGCGUCUGCAGACGAUCUUGAUGGCGUUGAAACUGUAGUAAACGGCUACCAAAACGGCGAUGACCAAUCAAGCAGCGGAAGUGAAGACAUGCAAUUUGCAUCACAAACACAAAUGAAAGAUGUUCCAUGGGAAGCCGACGAAGUAAUCGAUGACGACGACGAUGCUACACCGCUCGUCCGAUUCCUCGAAUCAUGCGAAUUAAGUGGCUAUUUGCAUUUGUUUACAAAAGAAGACAUUGAUUUGAGCAAACUGUCUCUACUUACAGACGGCGACCUUGUAGAUUUAGGAUUACCAAUGGGUCCACGUCGCGGUAUACAACAUGCAUUGAAGCAACGACAAAAUGUUUUAUCGCAACCUCGACCAAUUGUUGACAGUUAUUUGUAGACGGAAUUAAAAGUUAUUAUUUCUUAUCUUGCCAAAAACUGAAAAAAUAAAAAUAGACUUUAACCAGCAUUUUCAUGAACUUUGCUAAUUGAUUCGGACAUGUAUGCUUGGUUGUUGGCAAAUGUGUGCUUAAUGGUGGUUAGCUAUUGAGAAAAUUAUAACUUUAAACAAUGCACAACGUAUUUUUGAAAUAAUUGAUCUAAUUCUUAAAAGAUAGUAAAUCAGAAACAAUGAAUUGUAUUGUCUGAAAACUGUAUACAUUGUAUUCAGAAGUGAACUUCUUCAACAUGAUGUCCUGUGCUAGCCUGACAGUAGACCAGCCUGGUCUGUAUAGUUACCCAUGAAUAAGAUGCUCAUUAUUGUUAAUAAAUUCAGUUUUCAUAAAUAAAGACGUUUUAAAAUCCCGGUGA